CGGCCGGAGCCGCCGCCACUUGCCGAGUCACCGCCGGGCGGCCGCGGGGCGGGGCGGCGGGAGGGGCGGGCGGGGCCGCCGGGCGGGGCCUGCGCCGCGUCGGGGCCAGUCGGCGGCUCCUGCAUCCCGGGCUGCGAGCAUCCUCCGGGCGGGGGCCGGCACCGCAGCCCGGCCACCCGCAGCGCGGCCCGCGGCGGGGCCAUGGCGGAGAUCACCAGCGUCCACCCCGGCUUCGACGUCUCCCCGGUCGCCGCCGGUCUCAUCGGUGCCACCGUGCUGGUGGUUUCCGUCUCGGUCACGGUUUUUGUGUGGACAUGUUGUCACCAGCAAGCGGAAAAGAAGCACAAAACGCCACCCUACAAAUUCAUUCACAUGUUGAAAGGCAUCAGCAUCUACCCGGAGACCCUGAGUAACAAGAAGAAAAUCAACCGCAUGCGGAGGGAGAAGAACGGCGCUGCCAAGGAGGCCGGGAGGGGGAACCUCUCGGCGGAUGCUGCCGAAUCGGGUUUGAUCAGCUCCGAAAAGGCUCCGGAUGCGCCAAACGCGGCCCCGCGCGUGGAGCAGCUCCCGAUCCAAGUCGAUUACGGAGACGAACUGAGCCCAGAUCAAAGCCUGACCCCGGGAGGGAGUAAAACCUCCUCCCCGUCCUCCCCGGGGGACGACGUGACGCUGGGCGAGCUGACGUUCUCGGUGGAUUACAACUUCCCCAAGAAAGCGCUGGUGGUCACCAUCCAGGAGGCCCACGGGCUGCCGGUGAUGGACGAGCACACGCGCAGCUCCGACCCCUACAUCAAGAUGACGAUUCUCCCGGACAAGCGGCACCGGGUGAAGACCCGCGUGCUCCGCAAGACGCUCGACCCCGUUUUCGACGAAACCUUCACCUUCUACGGGAUCCCCUACAGCCAGCUCCAGGAUCUGGUGCUUCACUUCCUCGUCUUGAGCUUCGAUCGCUUCUCGCGCGACGACGUGGUGGGAGAGGUCAUGGUGCCGCUGGCCGGGGUGGAUCCCAGCACCGGCAAGGUCCAGCUCACCAGGGAGAUCCUCAAAAGGAACAUACAAAAAUGCGUCAGCCGGGGGGAGCUGCAGGUGUCCCUGUCCUACCAGCCCGUGGCGCAGAGGAUGACGGUGGUGGUGCUCAAAGCCAGACAUUUGCCAAAGAUGGACAUCACCGGCCUCUCAGGGGAAGGCAGAAGAGCAGGGCUUAAAACAAAGGAGGGCUCACUCAGGAAGGGAGUAAAUCACACGCGUGACCCCUACGUGAAGGUGAACGUGUACUACGGCCGCAAGCGCAUCGCCAAAAAGAAGACCCACGUCAAGAAGUGCACUUUGAACCCCGUCUUCAACGAAUCCUUCAUCUACGACAUCCCGGCCGAGCUGCUCCCCGACAUCAGCCUGGAGUUCCUGGUCAUCGCCUUCGAGCGCAGCACCAAGAACGAGGUGGUGGGCCGGCUGAUCCUGGGCGCGCACAGCGCGACGCCCGCGGGCGCCGAGCACUGGAGGGAGCUCUGCGAGAACCCCCGCAAAGCCGUGCCCAAGUGGCACAGCCUCAGCGAGUACUAGGCCUAGGACAGACUUCAAGCCGGGUUUAGCUAGGCCUAGGGCAGACUUAAACCUGGGUUUAGCUAGGCCUAGGACAGACUUAAAGCCGGGUUUAGCUAGGCCUAGGACAGACCUAAAGCCGGGUUUAGCUAGGCCUAGGACAGACUUAAGCCCGGGUUUAGUUAGGACUAGGACAGACUUAAACCUGGGUUUAGCUAGGCCUAGGACAGACUUAAGGCCAGGUUUAGCUAGGGCUAGGACAGACUUAAACCUGGGUUUAGCUAGGCCUAGGACAGACUUAAACCCCGGUUUAGCUGUAGAACAAUUUCUUUACAUAAGAAGCAGCAACCUGAUUGGUUCUCUAGUGAUGUGAUUUUUUGCAGGGCACUAAAAUCCUAAAAAAAGAGCGUUAAACAGAGGAAAAAAACUACCACGAGUAUAUAUAACAGUGUAAUCACGCUAUUGCAUGCCUAAUACAAACUGAAAUUAGUAUAACUACCGAUAACGAGUCGCAGAUUUUCAUCCGAUUCUCUGUCACUAUGGAGUUGUGUUUGUGCCGAACUGUCUUUGCUGGUUUUCACCACGACUGGCCUGGUUUUUAUGAGGCUUCUCCCCAAGUUGCCCCAUUCUGCUGUUUCCCCUCUGGUCUCUCGUUGGUUUUGCCUGCGGUUUGUUUGCUGCUUUGCGAGAAGCGAGCGCGUUGCCGCAGCGGGGGGAGGUGGGAUUCUGCACUAGCACAAAGGAAAAUACAGGGAAAAUGGCACUUUUCUUCAGAGGAGAAAUCAUCCCGGUGUCGGGCACCGAAACUCUUGUCGGCGCCACCUGCUCGGGAGGUCACAAGAGAUUCGCGUCGGAAAUGCAGACGCCAGACCCGCGAUGUUGCUUUUGCGAUCAGAAUCGGGGAAACGUCGCUUUACUGCAUCCGAUUUAACCCCGUCUGCGCGUGAAGGGCCCAGAGCACCCGCCGUAAGGACGUUAAACCUGAAACCCCACGUGGGGUCUGUUCCAAUGGCACCACCUGAGACGGGAAAAUAUCUUGGGGGAAGAGGUUUUACAUGAAAAAAUUCCAAUUCCCUUUGUUCAUCCUUGAGCCGGUCUGCGUUACGUUUGACGUCGUAGCGACCCCAGAGCCAGCUCUCAGAGCAACCAUCACGCUACAGAGCGCGGCAGAUUCUUCUUGUUCAGAGUUUUGAGUCGGUUCUUAAUCUGCGACCGAUUUCUGAGACUCGGGGCCCGCUCAGCGUCACCCCCCAGGCGUCACGGUGUUCUUCGCCAAGCGUGACCGGCAGCAUUCGGGCUCUCGACUCUCAAUAAUCAGUCGCUGGAUUCCGUCCAGCGGGAAACGCAGGCGCCCGUAACUCCAUUUGGCUUCUUAGUACAUCCAAACCAGGAAAAAUAGGAAGAUAAUAAUUGGCGGCAAGUAAUUGAUGAUAAUUAUUUUUUGUAAACUGAGCAGAAAUAGUUAUUUCCAAUGGAAAUACAAAGCAGGAGCAAACCCACACAUUUUCAGCCUUCAGUUGCUUCCCGUCUGUGCCCCGUGGAACAGAAUUUAUCACAAUUACAACAUGUUAAGCACAUUCAGGACUCGACCACUGAAUUUUAGAGCCCUGUUGGGAAAACGAUCCUUUCCACCUUCGUUACCAAUGAAAAGAGGCUAAUUGAGCCGAUCUUAAUUGGGUUUCACUGGCCAGCACGUACAGCAGCAGCUGCUGGGAGGGCGAACACUCGGCGUCUGUUGUCGCCGAUGUUUUGGCGUCUCUUCCUAAGCAAUUCCUUUUGCAAAGCUGAAUUUUCUCCCUCGUAGCUGGUUAUUCACUCCAACUUCCUCCCAGGCCGCAUCUUUUUAGCGACAGAAGCGGCGUUGGAGCCAAAGCUCCGAUUCCUCGGCCUCUGUUGGUGCUUUGUCCGUCCCCGCCACGAGGAUUCUCUGUUGGGGGUUCCCGUGGGUUUUCUCUUCUCUUCAUCCUUUACCGGUGGCUCGCGGCCGCAAACCGGACGCGUUUCCCUCGGCGCACGUCCGCAAUCCCCGUUGUUGCACUAGAGCGACGGCGUUGCUGCAGUUCAGCGCCGUCACGACUUCUCCUCGGGACGUGCUUUGCAAACGCCGCGCGGGGCGAACGACCACGACCGCGGGCCCUUUUGUCUCCUUUUCGGUGUGAAAAGCGUGCUCAGGCCUCGAUGAUCUCCACAUUCCUUCAGUUGAAAAGGAAAAGAUGAAUUUCUUGUCAAGGAAACAUGCUCAGGGUAAAUAGAUUUGGCUGUCGGGCAUAGGAGGAGCUCCAACCCCCUUCUGGAAUAAUAGGGAACCGAAGAUGUGCAGAUUUCUAUAUUUUUAAAAGGUAAAAUAGACAGUAAGUGACAGCGGACUCACUGUAAAAAUCUCCCAGGUGUGGUUAUUUACCUUGUGUCUUCUAUUGUAAAAUUAACUUGGACAGUUACAACUUUGUGUGGAAUAAAAUAAAGAGUAAUAAAAAAGGCAAAGCCCCUCACGGCCGCGUGUGAACGUGCGUAACGCUGUACGCUGAUCCGCAUCCUGUAACGCUAUCUGUCUGUCGCGUUUGGUAACGCACAUCGAGCGUGCAAAUAAAACUUCAGUCACUCCA